AACAAAUUUAAUCGUAAAAUCAAAUUUAAUUAUAUAACUUGAAUAUUUUUGAGUCGAGAUAAAAAUAAUCUUAUACCUAGACUUGAUUACCAGGACAGAUUUGUAAAAAGCAUCGAUAAAUCAACAUAAUUUUAUUUAAAACACUUUUGUGUUUCUAUGUACACAUUUUAAUAUAAAUACAUGCACAUUUCUAAUUAUCGUUACUUGUUACUACCAUUGGAGAUAAGUAGACGUAUCAUGAGUUUUGCAAAUAAAGUAGUUAUAGUGACUGGCGCCAGUUCUGGCAUCGGCGCGGCUGCUGCAGUACUGUUCGCCACAGAAGGCGCCCGCGUGGUGAUGGUCGGCAGGAACCAGAGCAAGUUGACCAAGGUCGCCGAGCAGUGCGCCCGCGGCGGACAAGCGCCGCUCGUCAUCAGGGCCGAUCUUGCUAAUGAUGACGAUAUCAAGAGAAUUGUCGAUGAAACUGUCAAUAAGUUUGGAAAGAUUGACGUCUUGGUUAAUAACGCUGGAAUGGCUAUUUACGGUGGUGUUCUAAGCGGGAAUAUAUUAAAAGCAUACGACGAAACCAUGGCAGUGAAUCUGCGUGCGGUCGUUCACCUUACCGCUUUAGCUGCACCUUACCUUGUUAAAACUAAAGGUAAUAUUGUGAACAUAUCUAGUAUAGCGGGAAAGAUGGUGCUGAAGGCAGAAUAUUUACCGUAUAGUGUUUCUAAAGCCGCAUUGGACCAUUUCACUCGUGGUGCUGCUCUGGAGUUGGCAUCUUCAGGUGUAAGAGUGAACGGCAUCAGUCCGGGCCCAGUAAAAACAGAUUUUAUAGAGAAUACAGGCAUGUCAGAGGUAACCUGGGAUAUUAUGAGUAAUGCUUUUCCUCUUAAGAGAUGCUCCGAACCCGAAGAGAUUGCUGAAUUAAUUCUAUAUUUAGCAAGUGAUAAGGCAAAAGGCAUCACGGGAUCCGAUUUCGUUUCUGAUAACGGAGGUCUCUUGCAAUAUAUACCCGCUUAAUAAUUUUAUUCUGUUAUUUUAUUCUCCAAUAAAUAUACUUACAUAUAUA